AUGAAUCGUAGUGUUGAAAUGAAUCAAGCAAAGGCGGAUUUUGCCCAGAAAUUGGUGCAGCAGCAAAUCGAAACGAAAAAUUAUAAUCUGCAGCAAGUUGCUAAAUUACUGAAGGAAAAAUUUGACAGUACAUAUGGUAUUGGUUGGCAAUGUAUUGUUGGGAAUAGUUUUGGUUGUUACAUAACUCAUUUACCGAAUUGUUUCCUAUACUUCUCCGUCGAACCUUUUUCCGUAGUACUUUACCGAACGAAUGUAAUAUAA